AUGAAGAAGACUGAAGACAGCAACACAUUUGUGUUCACUGUAGAUGUCAAGGCCAAGAAGCACCAGAUCGAACAGGCUGUGAAGAAGUUCUGUCAUUUUGAUGUGACCACCGUCAACAUCCUAAUCAGAAACAAGUGUGACCACGAGACCAUCAAGUUCCCCCUACGCACUGAGUCUGCCAUGAAGAAGACUGAAGACAGCAACACAUUUGUGUUCACUGUAGAUGUCAAGGCCAAGAAGCACCAGAUCGAACAGGCUGUGAAGAAGUUCUGUCAUUUUGAUGUGACCACCGUCAACAUCCUAAUCAGGCCUGACCCAGAGAAGAAGGCAUAUGUGCAUCUGGUUCCUGAUUAG